CCGUCUAUUGCUAUUGUUUUCUUUUUGUUUUACUUGAAUUGAACAAAAAAAAAGGAAUAUAAUGUUGUUUUGUGCUGAAAAUCAACGUUCAAAUAGGAAGUAGAACAGGGAUUUACUAUUAUUUUCCCACAAAUAAACCCGAGAAAGACAGGGGAAUCCCCAAUCCCAAAUCCCAGUUGUUUAUGCGAUCCAAGGAGCACCAUGGAGGACUACGAUCCGGAGGACUAUGACCUGAACUUUGUGCAACUGAGUCGCCAGCAGGUGCUGCAGCGGUAUUCGGGUGCAGUGCGUCAGCUGCGCCGCUUGGCGGAACAGCGGUAUGCGGUGCGAUCCCUGAGCUUUGACAACUAUGUGCUGUUCCAGUAUUUCCGGCAGCGCAACUGGCAGAUGGGCAUCACGCCCCUCAUGCCAACCGCCCCCCUGAUGGCGUACCUCAAAUUGGAGGUACUGCAUCAUCUGCUGGACCGGCGGCGCCAGAUCCUCUGCUGGCUGUUCUACCUGACGCUGGUGUCGCUCUGCGUGGCCGCCUACCGAUAUGAGACGACCAGCACCACCGGUGGCCAACAGGAGCGCGUGGUCCAGGCCAUGGUAUAUCCGGGGAUGCGCAUGUGGCGGCGGAUGACCAUGCCGCUGAUCCAACGCUUCCCACAGCUCACCGAGCUCUACGACGAGUCCUGCCUGAUGGGCAAUCCGUUCUUCCAGCUGGAGGAUCUCAGCUGUGGACCGUGCGCCGAUGUCGAGAGUGUUUGGCUGGAGAACGAGGAGUGUGGAGAUGGUGCCCACCCGUCGGAGCAGCACCACCAGAAGUGCCAUCAGCCCGAGGGCUUGCCCUUUGCCUUUCGCAGCCAGCAGCUGGAGACCAUUGAGUUGAGCCACUUCUACAACAUUUAUGCCAGCAAUCAUCAGAUCUUCCAGCGCGAUGCAUACCGCGUGCAGUCCACCAACCAGGAUGUGCACAAUCUCGAGGAUCUCUUCGGGCAGUUCAACAGCAGCUGGACACAGCAGGCGCAUAAUCUUUGGCGCUGCAAUCGGAUGCUGCCCGCCAGACUUCUGCGUCCCAUUUUCGCCCGGCCAACGCGUCUGCCCAGCAUGGGCGUAGCAUUGGAGCGUUAUGUGGCCAUCGAUACUGCCCAGGCGCCAGCCUACACUCUGCCAGAGACGGAAUGCCCCAAUGUGUACGUCCACCAGGCGGUUGGCACGCGGUUCAUCAUCCUGCGACCCACCAGUGAGUGCCGGCACCGCUGUCGCACCUUGUCCUUGCGACUCACCCAGUCCUUUGUGCUCAGCUACAAUUGGUUGUACUGGAAACCGAUCUCUGCACCGGAUCCCAUCUCGGAAUCGCUGUCCAUCAGCCAAAUUGGCUCCUACUGCUAGAGGAUCCAGAUUUAGAUCCUGAUCCUGUUCCCACUUCCUCGCUCCUAGCUUUAAGCGCCAUAUAUAUACACACACACACAACCACGACUUUAACCAAGCCAAAAUUAAAUUACGAAUUUUGCCGCUCCAUUGGAUAAGCAAGCAAAACAAAAACGAAAUGAAAGAAGGAAGAAAGGAGGGAUAAACCCCAAAGGAAGGAAGCUAGAAGCUGCCUUCGCUAUCAGUUUUAAAACUUUAAGGCCACCGGCUCAAUUCGUCGCCCUGUGUAAUCCUCAAGCACUAGAUCGUAAUCCUAGUUUAGUUUAACAGUUAACAAGCUCCUGGCCGCCGCGCUUCAUCCUUGUGUUCGUCGUUUUAACCAUUUUGCAUUUACAACUCGACUCUAAGUUCCGUUCACACCAACUAGCGUAGCAAACGAAAAACUAUUUUGUAAAUACCAAUGCCAGACUUGAGUUUGACUUUGUGUUUUUGCAACAACUCACGAAAUAAAAAGAUACCUAAUAUUACACUAA